CCGGCUGGUGCGGUAGCGGCCCCUGGCGGCGGCGGGCUGGGCAGCUGCCCGCAGCCCGCCAUGGAGGAGGACGAGCGGGCUGCGGGUGGCGCGGAGCAGCGGCGCCGCCGGCCGGGGGCCGAGCGCUCCCCCAGCCCCAGCCGCCUGGAUGUGAGCUCCAGCCGCUUCGACCCGCUGCUGGCUCUGUAUUCUGCCAACACGCCGCUCCCCUUCCCCGCGGCGCCCUGCUUCAACAAUCUCGCCGAGUACGAGAGCUUCCAGCGCGGCCUGCUCCGCCCGCGCGGCCGCCGCGCCGCUCCCGCCCGCCGCGGCCCCUCCGCCUCCCGCGCCGCCCGCCGCGGCCCGCCGCCCGCCGACCCUGAGCGCAUCCAGCGCCUCCGCAGCCUCAUGGUCCAUGCGGGCCCCGAGCAGGAGGCUGCCGAGGGCGGCGCGGCGGCCCGGCGCCGGCGAGCGCCGCGCAACGUCCUCACCAGGAUGCCCCUCCAUGAAGGCAGCCCUCUGGGAGAACUCCAUCGCUGUGUCCGAGAUGGUGUAAAAAUCAACGUCCAUAUCCGCACUUUCAAAGGGCUUCGUGGAGUCUGCACAGGGUUUUUGGUUGCAUUUGACAAAUUCUGGAAUAUGGCCCUGACAGAUGUGGACGAGACAUACAGGAAACCAGUAAUGGGCAAAGCAUUCUAUGCAGAGCCUCAGCUGACACUAACCAGGCUCUUUGAUAGACUCAAACUGCAGGAGUCCUCAGCAAAGAAAGGAGCUGACUCUAAGACUGCUUCAGAGGAGCUAGCCCUAACAAAGGACUCUCAGACGCUGGGAUUGAAAGCUGGAUCAGGACGAGGGAGAGCAGAAGAUGAGCGUGAGAGGCAGAAACGCCUGGGCAGAGCUGGAGAAAAGAAGGUGGCAGGUGACACUUUGCAUGUGACUGCCAGAGGUGAAGCUGAUGUGGGCAGCGGGACUGCCCACACAGAGGGCGCCAGUGCUGGUAGUACCCGUGCAAGAAGCCAGUCACGGAAAAAAAGGCGGCCCAAGGUGGAUUAUCAACAGGUGUUCACACGUCACAUAAACCAGAUUUUCAUUCGAGGAGAGAAUGUCUUGCUUGUCCAUUUAGCACAUUGAAUUGGCUGAGCCUUCACCAGUGUAUUUAUUUGAUAGCAUGAAUUGCUGCUGCAGCUCUCGUUGCUAUUUAGCGUUCUCGUUAUGUAUGAUGGUACUGUGACUGGUUUCCCGUUGCCAUAAGAAGGCGGGGGAAUAACUGGAGCAUCCUGAGCUUGAUGCAAAAGGAGCCUCCUAAAAUCUCUUUUGGGGGUCUCAGGACAAGGUCAGCAAUGUGGCUGUUUCUGAGAGAUGAGAGAGGUAAGCACAAGUCCUACUGCUUCUUUAAGGAAGCUGAAUGGAGAGGGCUGGAAGAGAAUUUCGGUGUACUCAGUUAUAGGAGCUAUUUGUGGCACAAUUUGUGGCUUAAGAUGAGAUCUCUACCUGAAAUGAGCCACAAAUGCUAUUUUGGAUAUUCUGAGGAAUCUCAAGAGAAGAUUGCUCAGUGAAACUAAGAGUUUACCUGCUGUUGUUACACAGAUGUCUUCUUUUUCAGACAUGAUUCUGACAGUCACCCUGGAAAAUUGGGGUGACAUGCUACUGAUGGCUGUUAGCCUCCUUUUCAUAGUUAGCUCUCUAGUGCCCUGUGUGAUAGAAAACCUCCUAACUGAAAACUGCUUUUCCUAUGAAUGAUGGCAGGAUGUUAGUUUUAAGUAUUAAACCUUAGGCUUUUGUUUGUACUGCUGUGCUUCAGCCCUCUGUUACCAGCCAGCAGAUAAUGUAGCUGAUCUGGGGACCUCCAAGUUUGGAGGUUAUCUCUGUUGUGGCUAGAGAUGGAAAGUUGUACUUUUAUGUUUCAUCCAUUUGCUACUUAGGUGUGGAUUUUCUGCUCAGAUCUAAGUGUUUGUGCUGAGCACAGUUGUACUGUAUCUAAGCGCCUUUCAAGUUCCCCCUAUUGAAACUAGAGGCGCUGUGUCUCCAGCAGUUCUCACGGAGCAGAGAUCUUCAUGGGUCUUUCCUAUCCAUCUAACUCCAGUAGAACUGAGCUUUGAAGGUGUGUCUGAACAUAUUCUGAAGUAUAAAAGUCAAAUUCAGCUCAUCAGUGGUGUUAUUUUAGCAAGGUUGUUAAGCUGCUGUAGAUCAGACCAGGCUUCUGCAGCUAUAAACAGCUUUCCAAGGAAGCUACAUGCCAGAAGUUUGAGGGUAAAUGAAGCUAUUCUAUUAUCCAGUCUGUUCUCCUAGUUGUCAAAUGACACUAGAUUUUACACUGCUAUUCCUCAAUUUGUCUCAAGUACUUUAUGCUUUGCAGCAGCUCCGUGUAUUUAAGAUGAAUGUGGGAAAUUGCUUUAUAGUAGGUCUUGUAUUGCAUAUAGAGGUCAUAAGUCUUCAAACUGAGCAGCUGUACUCUGUGACAUGUAUUUCUGUUGCUGCAAAUGCAGUAUGCUGCUUGCUUGUCGUUAGGGAUGUGUCUGGUGUUUGGGUGAAUGGCAGGAAUCAUUUAUCAGGAGUUCCUGGACACACAAAGCAGCUCUAUGCCUCUGGGGGAGCCUGAGACUUCCAUGCCAGCGUUUCAGAUGUCAUGGGACUUGGAUGACUGAUCAACACACAGCCACUGAGCUGCAAACUCAAGUUCACCCUGGGACAGAAGUGCCUCAGAAUAAUAAGUACUAUUGAGGCAAAACAGUUUCAUCAAGAGUGGGGGAAAGAAACUGUAGAUACUCUUUCCUCUUUUUCUUAUUGUACCUAGCUUUCUUGCUGUAUCCCUCCUAUGAACUGAGACUAGGUACUGAGAAGAUUCUUCUCUUGGAGGUUCUUGUUUCCUCUCCUUUUGUGCUGUUCUUGUUGUCCAUGUGGUCUGCAAUUCUUCCCUCUUGGUUCGUUGUUGGUUUUUUUCCUUCUCUUGUCAGUACUUUGUCUAAGCUCUGUUUUAGGAAGAUUGUUCGUAUGUUCACCCUCAGUUUUCCUGGCUUACUAAACCUUUCCUGGCUGGCUCUCUGUGUGAUUGCCAACUAAUCAGAUAUGAGAAACGUGAGGCUAGAAAGAAGUAGCUUAUUUCUGCUCCUGGUUUCUCAGAAGCAUUUAUUGCAAGUGAGUAUUUUUUUCCUCUCUGCUUUCUGACUGUUCUGUUUUCAUUUCUGUUACUUGGGAUAACUUAUCACUGCCUUUUCCAUUCAUGCCAAAGGCUACUGGCUUUGAACUCCCCUGUUUGCUUGCAGACUUGACCAAAGGGUGUCAGAUUUCCACUCAGGCCUAUGUACCAUGGCAUCUAAUUCAGUUCUUGCUUUACUUUACCUCAUAUUCUUAAUACAUUUUGUCUGCCUCUUUUGUACUGCCUUGUGCAUUAAAUAAGAUACAACUGCCGUAAACGUUCUUGUGGCUGCACUGCUCUCUUUCCUUGGCAGCUGUCACCUUGCCAAGCUCUCAGUUGCUGCUAGAGGUCUCUGUUUUCAUCACAGGUUUUCCUCUGAAAUCUUCAAGGUGUUUGUGGCUUCACAUCUACAAGUUGUUUUUUUAUGUGUUAUGAAAAAUGCUGGUGCUUAGACUUGUGUUGGUGCCUUGAUUUUUAUAUCAUCACUGACCUGUUCUUCCAAAAUCACCACCUCAGUCAACAAACCUGGUUAAGAACUAUACAGUUUGUUUACCUUUUUUUGCUCUACCUCAUUAUUAGACUGUUCCUCUUCUAUUCUCAUUGUUGUCUCAUCUGUGGAGUUGGUUAGAAUUCUUUCCUCCAGUUUAGAUUUAGUGGCUUAUUUGGUCAUUCUUCACUUGUUUCCUAUUUCCCUACUCACUGUCAGUAUUUCCAAGCUGCUUCCUAGAUACAGCAUCUUUUACAAACUUGGAUCUUCCAGAAUGUCUUCCUUUCCCCAUCUUUUUCUGAUGUUUUUAAAGCCCUUUAUCAAAAUCCUAUUUUGUCUCUUUCAAGCAUCAUGAUUGUGACUAAGCAAGUGAUCCUGAAUGUCUGUUGUCACUUGCACAUUGAACAUUUCAGAUAAGUUGCUCUUUAAAUAAAGCUGAAUGUGAUACUCUGAAAUGAAGUCUUCUACCUCAUUAAGUAUUUGUGUAAACCUGUUAAAAAGCAAACAAAAUCCAAUCAAUCCUUGGAAAUGAGCUUUGUUUUGUUUUGUCUCUUUUUAUUGCUUCUUUCCAUGUUUCCUUUUUUUCCAAACUUAGCAUAAAACCUGGGUUCAUUGCUGGAAAAGCUGUGUGCUCCUUACCACUCCUUUGUUGCUGUGGGGUCCAAAGAUGUGAGCAUGGAUACCUGAAGUCAUGAUGCUAAGAAAUGAAGAAUAGGAGCAGGAGACAAUCUUCAGAGUGGCAUGUGAGAAUAAGCAAGCUUUGGGCUAAAUAGAACUAAGUAAAGGAUCCUGGUUGUGACCUGUCCAGUAUUUCUAGGACAUUGUUCAGCCUGGUGCUCAGAGUGAUUCCUGAAGCAUGUUUAUGGCAAGAGUCUGAAUUCCUCAAGAAGUUUUCUGAAGUACCUUUGAAGAGCUGUUGUGAGAAUUUGUUAGAAUCACUUCUCAAUGUCAGUCAAAUAUGAAAACUUGUGAAAUGUGAUGCCAGAUGCAGAAACAAUGUGAUACAGUGGUCUUGCAAUGUGAUGUCACAGAUCCUGUGGUUGUCAUUAUGUAUCCUUUUGUUAAGGAGCCAAGUCUCGUAGUUACUUUGAGAGGUCAUUUUGUUUGUACAUUGACAGAAUUCUAGGGACGUUUGCAGAUACUCUCAGUGAGGUUUUCGUGGAACCACAGCAUAAAAUCUCACCAUGCUGUGGGGAAGGAGGGAAACUGGUAGGGAGAAUAAGGCUGAAUGUUGCAGUGUUACCCUGCAGUUAUGGGUACCAUGGCUGGGGUUAUUUCUUGGCAAACUUUUUUUUGCAUGAAUGCUUCAUUUUUACCCAACACUUCUUAAAACAGUAGUAGGAAACACAGGAAAAAAAGGAGCUUGUCAAAAGUGUGGGUUUAAUUCCUUCUCUCAAAGUGACUUGUCCAGCUUGCUGAUUGUCUAGAAGGUUGUUGUUUUUCUGAUCUAGAGACAGGUACUUAGCAUGUGCUCACCAGGUGAUUACUGAAGUAGUCAGUGAGUGCUGUUUUCCAUCUGCUGCUUGUUCUUCGGUUUCUGGAUUCGCUGUUUCUGAUGCAGCUUUCCCUUCUGUGUCAUUUGGAAGCAGGGCAAGGUCUCUCAGCAGGAGCAGGUUUGACUGCUUGCUUCUUUUUCCCUCUCCCUGAGGAAUGUUACCCUCUAGUAUUGCAUCCUAAUAGCCUUUGGCUAUUCUUGGUUUUCAUGCUGUUCUCCACAGAAUUCUGGAAUUACAUGGCCAGGAGAAUUAGUGAUCAGUUGGAGUAAGCUGAUCUUUUUUUUUUCCCUGGUUUCUUUUUUUUUAACUUAUUUUCCUGAGCACAGUGCUAGAGUUUCCUAGUUUGCUGUAGCAGUCACCUGCUUGCACCUGUGAAUCCCUGUGGGUGAAGAAGUAUCCAGGUGAAGAGAAGCAGAGGAAAAGAGAUUCCUGAUUUGUUGAAUUUGACAUUCUGUCCAACAAGCUGCCCACACUUACUCUUUCUGUCGCUUACUGGCAUGACCUAAAUGGGACAGGUGGAAACAAUUAUAUCAUCCAGAAUCUUGAACACAAGUGGAAAGGCAGCAGGGUCAGCAAACUGAAAACACUCUGAGCUGCUGCUGAAGAUGUAUAUCUCCAUAUAAUCACCGUCUUAAACUGCAAGCUCUGCACCUAGGCAAAGCUGGGAGGCACAGUCCUGUCAGGGGCAAUACAGCAGCAGUAGCAGUGAUGCAGAGAUUCCUUCAGCCAGGCAAUCUCUUUCCUGAGAAGCUGUUGAGGUAUGUGUUAGUGUCUGCCUCAAAGCAUAACUGCACAAUAAUGUGAAUUAAUAUGAAGAUGUUUUCUCUCUUGCCUGCACUGCAAAGUGUAAACCAUGAAUUGCUCAAAUAUGCAUCUAUUUCAGGUUGUGCUUUUGCUUCUUGCCAUUGGCUUAAAAAUGUGAAGUUUGUACUACAGCAAUCCUAAAACAGUCUUUGCUGAGACAUGAUGAAAGCUUGCUUUUUAGCCUGUACACUGGUGUCAUUUGGCAGUUUGCUCUACAGGUGAAGAGGGAGUUUGCAGAGACACAUUCCAGCGUGAGCAUUUCACAACACAAGAACUGUGCUCCAGAAGUCUGCCAGACUCCAUCCCUGAGAACCAGCAUGUUUGAUCCUGACUCUAAAAUUUUGCAGAGGAAACCCAGUGGGAAAAAAACAAGUAAGCAAAUUGCCCCUUCUGAAGGCAGGGAUGGUAGGAGGAUUGGUUAUCCUCAUUAGCUUCCUGGGGGUACAGGAGCAAGGACUGCUUCAGUGGAGGAAUAUCAGAGAUGGCUCAUCUCAUGAUGUUUGCAAGUCCUUUUAGAUGUCACUGUAAGUGCUCUUGCUCUUAGCUGGUAGAAGUGAAGGCCUGUCAGGGAAGGAAAAUGCCUUCUGAUGUUCCUGGAUAACUAUUUUAUUAGCUGUUAGCUUCAUAGUGUACACUUGGGUGACUUAGCUGAAGAAAAUUGGUACACCUGAGACUUCCAGUAAGUCUUGUAUUCGUUUAGAAUGAAAAGUAGUUUGAUCAGUUUGUGCAAAAACAUAUCCAUCCUUUUUUCCUCUCAAAAGUGCUCUCCCUCAGGAAAGAAAUGAAAGCUGCUCUGCUUCUGUAGUGAUCGCUUCUGGUUUCCACUGCUCAGAGCAAAGUGCAGCUGUGUCAUUGUAUCUUCAGAGUGACAGAUCAUUCUGAGAUGAGAAAAUGAGAAGGAUUUGUUUUCUUUAACACUGCAUGGUGAUUAGGAGGGGAGCAGUUGUGUUGACCUCUUUAGGUGGUGCAUGCAUCCAUUGUAGCUGCAUGGACUGGGACUUAGUAACCAAUUAGUCAUCUGUAAAACUUCCUUAGGGAAGGCACAGAGAGCAGCAUGCCCUACCAAACUGGGGUGGGACUGGAAGUCGGGUGCUGACAGAUUCUGCUCUCUCUACUGCCACUUGCUCACUCAAUGGCCUUGGCAAGUCACUUCCCUCCCUUUCCCUUUGCUCCACAGCUGUAACACAUCUGAGAGCAACCCUUGCCUGUAACAGGGAGCCGGGGAAGUGGCUAGUGCUCUACAAGUCCUGAGUAUUGUUACUAACACUCCAUCAGGUCAGGUAGUGCAGAUCCCUAGAUCAUCUGCCCUCUUCAGGCACUUGACUGUUAGCCUGGUGUCUUGGCACACCAUAGAUGUGCAGGGGAUCAGGUACAAUGAUGCACUUCACUCUUGGAAUUACUUAACAUCUUCAAGGCUGGAUUUGAGGACUUGAGUACCUGUCUCACAGCUGCAAUACCAUGGUUUUGGUCAAAUGGUGAUGAAUGAGAGUGUAACUUCUUUGUAAUUCCUCCUCUGUCUUCCUAAAUGUUUUAUUUCUUAGGAAACUGAUGCUGCUAUGAACAUACUGAACAAUACUGACUUUGCAAUAUUUGGCUUUCCAGAUAGAAAUGUUUAUAUUUAAAAUUGCUAAGAGUGCAAUGCAAUAAAUACAACCAUGUACCAGUUUGCUUCAAA